AUGGCCACGAGCCUCCUCCAUCCCACACACGUAUUCCGCGAGGUGGCUACGAUCUUCGCGAUAUCGGAUGAGGUACUCAAACGCAAAAAAGGAAAGUACUGUAUAUGUAUCUCUGUGGUCCGCGACUCCGACGUACCUGCCAAAUGUCUGCCCAGAUGGAAAAGUGGAAAGUACUCCCCAGGAACUCCGAAUGUCCGACUACCUCUACCUGAUCCUAAUAUGGCAAAUACCCCCCUUCCAGAAAUCUGCCGUGUAACGGAUCACUAUUACUUAAGUAGUUGUUCACAAUCACUGCACAGUUCGGUGUGUCCCGUGCAACCGCCAACCGGUGUCUACGUAGGUAGUGACGUCGGGAAACGACUUAAAUCCUACAACGAACCGCUCACCGACGGGAUGUCAUACUACAUGUACUCGGUAACGGAAGUUCCUAGCGAGACAUCAACUUGA